ACUAAGCUUUAUGUCCUCUAUAUAUAUAUAUAUGAACAGAAAGUAACAAGCUAAUUACAAGUAAGGGAGAAUAAAAAAUAAUAAUAAUUAUUAUUACUAUAAUUAUAUAAUAAUAUCAAUAAUAAUAAUAAUAAGUUGUAAGCAAGAACUGAAGCAUGGGAGAAUUAGAAAGCAGCAACUCCAGUCCCUUAUUGAUAAAGAUCAGUGAUCCCGACGAGGGUGGCCUCCGGCAAAGAGCGUUGACGGAAUCGAAGCUGUUGUGGCGAAUAAUCGGGCCUGCGAUUAUAAGCAGGCUCUCGAGUUAUUCGUGGAAUUGUAUAACCCAAGCCUUUACGGGGCACAUCGGUGAGAUCGAGCUCGCCGCGUUUUCCAUCCUCUCGAGUGUCGUUUGUGGCUUCGAUCUUGGCUUUUUGAUCGGUAUGUCGAGUGCAAUGGACACGCUGUGCGGACAAGCCUACGGCGGAAAGCAGUACGAGAUGCUGGGCGUAUAUCUGCAGCGCUCCUGCCUGGUCCUCCUCGCCACCGCGCUCCUCCUCCUCCCUCUCUACCUCUUCACGGCGCCGCUCCUCAAGCUGCUCGGCCAGCCGCCGGAGGUGGCGGAUCUCGCCGGCCAAAUGGCGCUCUGCACCAUCCCCAUGCACUUCAGCUUCGCCUUCAUCUUCCCCCUCCACAAGUUCCUGCAGUGCCAGUACAAGAACUCCGUCUACGCCUGGGCCGGCGCCGCCGGCCUCUUCGUCCACCUCGCCGUCACCUGGCUCGUUGUCUCCGUCAUGGGCCUCGGCGCCGUCGCCGCCUCGGCUGUGCAGAGCGUCACCUGGUGGUUCUGGGCGGCUGUCAUGGCGGUGUAUAUCUUAGCCGGCGGCUGCCCGCUGACGUGGCAAGGGUUCUCUGUGCAUGCGUUUUCUGGCCUCUGGGAGUUCGUCAAGUUGUCUGCUGCCUCAGGCGUCAUGAUUUGUUUGGAGAAUUGGUAUUACAGAAUAUUAGUGCUCAUGAUUGGCAACAUGGACAACGCUGCAAUAGCAAUCGGCGCUUUAUCAGUUUGCAUGUCAAUAAAUGGGUGGGAGAAUAGCAUUCCACUGUCCUUCUGCGGUGGUACGAGUGUAAGGGUUGCAAACGAGCUUGGCGCGGGAAAGGGGAAGAAAGCGAGGUUUGCGACAAUAGUGUCGGUGGUGACAUCGACGGGCAUAGGGGUGUUGAUCAUGACCAUAAUUCUAGUUUUCCACAAACCAAUUGCAUUGUUAUUCACUUCAAGCAAGUUAGUUCUUGAUGAAGUCAACAGCAUGUCACUACUCUUGGCUUUAACUAUUCUCUUCAAUAGUGUUCAGCCAGUUCUUUCAGGAGUGGCUGUGGGUUCAGGAUGGCAAGGUCGUGUAGCUUACAUUAAUAUUGCUUGUUAUUACAUUGUGGGACUCCCUCUUGGGAUUCUCAUGCAGUGGGUUUUCCACAUGGGAAUUAUGGGUGUGUGGGGUGGAAUGAUAUUUGGUGGAACUGCACUUCAGACAGUAAUUCUGUGCAUCUUGACCAUCAGGUGUGAUUGGGAUAAAGAGGCAGAGAAAGCAACCAAAUAUGUCAAGAAGUGGUCAGAAGUUUAGGAUUUAAAGUUAGUUUGAUCUUUGCUGUUUCACAUUUAAUUUCCUAUCUCAAAUUGAUCGAGAUGAUAUAUGUAUUGUUAUCGAUCAUUCUAAGAGCAUAUACAAUAGUAAUGUUUUAAAAAAAAGCUUCUAAACCAACGUAUUUCUUA